GUAUCCUCGCCUCUGAUUGGUCGCCGGAGCUUCCAGUCGUCAAAGCAAGAUGGCGCCGUCCCUGGUGGAGCAUGUUGUCGCGGAUGCUGGAGCGUUUUUAAAGAAAGCUCCGCUGCAGGAAAUGGGUCGGAACAUCUACACUCUGAAAGAGGUUCUGGACGAGAUCAGAGACAGAGCCACAAGGAGGAGCCUGGCCUUCCUGCCAUACCAGCUCAUCUUCAAGGAGCCGCACCCAGAACACAUCAGAACCGUGACGGAGUUCUCCAAGAAGACCGGGGACUACCCGAGCCUGUCGGCCACCGACAUCAAGGUUCUGGCUCUGACCUACCAGCUGGAGCUGGAGCACGUUGGACCGGAUCACCUGAAGACAGAACCGGAGCUUAAGGUGAAUGUUCAGAGCACACGGCGCCACCCAGAGGCUCCAGUCAACAUCGCAGGAUUCCAUUUUCCCUCCAAGAGGUCCGCAGACGGUCCGGCCGUCGGACACGUUCGGAACGAAGCGGAGUCCCCAGACCAGUCGGACCAGUUCAACAGCUUCCAGUUCUGGAGGGACCCCCUGCCGAGCAUCCAGGGAGACCUGCUGGAGCUACUGGGUCCAACUGAGUCUCUGGAGGCUGACGUCCAACAGACGGUCCCAGACGGACACUUCAACAGCUUCCAGUUCUGGAGGGACCCGCUGCCCUGCAUCGACGACGACCUGUUGGCCCUACUGGAUGUAGACAGAGCCUCACCGCAGACGGAGCAGAGGGCAGGGGGGCUGCAGGACGACCAAUCAGACGACGAGGAUAAAGAGAACGAGGAUGAGGAUGAUGAUGAUGGGGGUGGUGGGGGCUGGAUCACUCCCAGUAACAUCAGUCAGGUGAAGAUGGAGUCAGCUGAUUGGACGGAACCGGCUGACGUCAGAGUCGGCUGUCUGACCACCGACUUCGCCAUGCAGAAUGUUCUGAUCCAGAUGGGCCUCCGGGUUCUGUCUGUGAACGGCAUGGUGAUCAAACAGGCCCGCAGCUACAUCCUGCGCUGCCACGCCUGCUUCAAGACGACCAGCAACAUGAACAAGGCCUUCUGCCCCCACUGUGGGAACCGGACCCUGAAGAAGCUGGCAGUGACCCUCAACGACGACGGCAGCGUCCAGAUGCACUUCUCCAGGAACCCAAAGGUUCUGAACCCCCGAGGGCUGCGGCACUCUCUGCCGCUGCCGCAGGGCGGGAAGCACGCCAACAACCCCCACCUGGUGGAGGACCAGCGCUUCCCCCAGCAGCGGCUCUCCAGGAAGGCCCGGCAGAAGACCGACGUGUUCGACCCGGACUACCUGGCCGGAACGGCGCCGUUCUGCCAGAACGACAUCUACAGCCGAGCCGCCAACCUGCAGAUCCGAGACGGGCAGAGCGGCGCCGGCAGGAGGCGGGCCAACCCCAACGCCGCCCGCAAGAAGUUCGUCAAGAAGAAGUGAUGAUGUCAUUGCCCACGGUCCCCCCCCCCCUUAUGAACAGAACCAUGACCCUGUAUGGUUCUGGAGGCUUUUAUCGGACCGUUUCAGACCAUUGAACCAGAACAUAACGGACUUCUUUCUUUCACAGGUUCUGGUCGUAGUUUAAAGUUAUUUUCUGACCCAUUUUCCUUCUUAAUGAACAUCUGAGGCCCGUUUCACUAAAGCUGAAUCUGAAGCGGAGUUGGACCCGUUCUGGUCGGUUGAUCCUGGCUUCAUCCGAUCCGCUGCUUCAUCAGGCCCGGCGGCGGUACGGGAGCUAAAUGCUGCCGGCAGAAUCGGACCCUGAGGUCCAUAAGAUUCAGCAGAUUCACUGAAACCAUCAGAAUUUAAGGAGAUUCUGUUAUUUUUCUCUAAUGAAUAAAUAACCUAAAAAUGAAAACCUGUCAUUUAGUCUCUGUGACGUCGUGGAGAUCAAAUACAUCCUGAACGACAUCUGGUAUAAAAAGCAGCAGAUGAUUGACGCCUUUAUUUAUGAUCCACAUCAGACCCGAUAGAACUAGACCAACUAGAACCUGCAGCAGGUCAACAUCAAACAGACUGAUAGUAUCUGGAUAAAAUGUCACCGACCCAGAAAUCCCACAUCCUCCAUCCCCGUCCUGCUCCGCGCCGACUUCCUCUGAGUUCAAGGAGAGCAAAACAUGCAGAAAUGAACGAUUAAUUUAAUGACAUAUUAAAAAGAGUCAGCAUCCAGCA